GGCGGAAACAACAAUGUCCUUAACGUCGGAAGUCUCAGAGUUUAAUAAAAAUUACACUGAAUACAGAAAUGACAUCGGAGCUGUUAGGUUGUCCAGAAAGAAGAGGUUCCUCGUAUUUCCUGAAGGAAGCUCGCUGCAACUUGUCUAUUGUUUGACAAUGCCGUCAAUUGCAAUGGCAGACUUUUUUGUGUUUGGAUGGACUGCAGCUAUUGCUUGGGAAUUGCCAAAUAAACCCUACAUUGGGGUGCACAAGAAGAAAGACAACAAGGAGGGUGAAAUGACUGAAGGGGACAAAGGCGAAGAUCAUCCCCAUAGUCGUCUCGAUUCUCCAAGCGGUAGUAAAACAAAACUUUAUUACACACAAAAGAAAUCGCCAUAUUCAACUAUCAACAAACUUGGAAUCAAGAUACCCCCAUCGACUUAUAGCACAGUUCUACAGUUGCUAAACAAAAAUUUCCAAAAUCCGUUCUCGGAUAAACGGAGAACUUCGCAAAGUCAAAUGAAAUACAGCAAUGGUGGGUCUUAUUACAAAGACUUAGGGGACAGAGUGACCAUGUACCACGACCCUGUCUAUCGGGAAGUUCACAGAAGAACAAGGAGAGAUCUCUACCCAAAAAUCGAGAAAUUUCUAAGCAUGCAACAAAAAGAUGGUAAAGCUUGUUUACUGAAAGCUAUUUGUGAAGUAACGAAAUUGCCCAAAGGGAAAGAAAAGGGGAGUUUUAUGCAAGAACUGAUCAGAGUGUUAUUUAGAGUAAAAGAAUUCCAACAUCCAAGCGACGAAAAAGACAAAUACGAUGCUGCUGCCAAUGAAGAGCACAACUGCGGUGAUAUGUAUCCAACUUGUGAUUCUUCAGUAGCUGCUCUAUGUAUGACUGCCCCUGUUAUAACACCUGCUGCAAUUUUUUCGGAAUUUUUCGCCUAUGGAAUCGUUUACAAUCUUCCAAACGAUACAUCACUCUUCAAACCAGUUCUGAAAAACAAAAAUGUUGCAAAAACCAGACACCGUAGAGAUUUAUAUCAAAAAUUAGAAACUGUAAUAAGUUCUAUUGGCCACAAUGGUAAGGAAUGCAUCCUUAAGAUCUUAUGCGAAUCAGGACAAAAACUAAACCGAAAAAGGAACAACGUUUUGGAAGAAAUAUUGUGGACGAUCUUUCGUUUACCACUGGAUCCAAUGUUGAUAGAAGAAUCGGACGAUCAUUGGCGAUACCAUUUGGCCCAUAAAAAGGGACUAGAACAACACGAUGUGAAUUGUGCAGAAGUUUAUUCGCAAUGUAGACCAUCUUUCAUGGACAUUCUCAUAGAUUUUGUUAAUAAUUAGUUUGUUGGAAUUGAAUAAAUAAAUAAUGUGUCUACUUAUCUGCAAUUGAA